AUGAUAUCCGUACAUUUAUUUGAUAAUUUGAUUGAAAUUUAUGAAGCGAAAUUGUCGUCAGGUCAUGGUUUGUCUAAUUUCAAGAAACACUACAAACUAAAAGGAGAACUUGGUCGAGGUGGUUUUGGGAUUGUUUAUCGUGGUAUUCGCAUCCAUGAUGAUCUUCCAAUAGCUGUCAAAUUUAUCAAUCGCAAUCAAGUCCGCGAUUGGGGAAAAUUAGAAGAUGAACGACUACCGAUGGAAAUUUGCAUGCUGUCACAGUGUGAGAAUAUCUCAGGAGUGAUUAAGUUACUUGAUUGGUAUAGCAUGCCAGAAGGUUUUCUUAUUGUGAUGACACGUCCAUAUCCAUGCGUUGAUCUCUUUGAUUUUAUCAAAAGUCAUAAAAAAUUAGAUGAAGAUCUUGCACGAUUUUUAUUUCGACAAAUAGCUUUAACUAUCCACGAUUGUAAUCAGCAAAAAGUAUUACAUCGAGAUCUCAAGUGCAUUGACCAACUAUUUAGUCCAAUCUAA